AACAUGUCUGUUAUCUAAAGUAAGGACGGGUGACGUAGUCCCACUCUUUUAUCCACUAAUCGUUUCUCCUCUCUCGCAGAAGUGAGAUGGCCACAGCCAUGGCCUUCUCGUCAUGUCAUCUGCGCCCUCUCUUGCCCCCGUUCUCUCAGUUUCGAACGUCUCAACCUGCUCUCCUGCGUCUUCGUCCUUCGUUCUCUGUGAUCACCAGCUCUCCACUUUUUCAGUUUUCUUCUGUGCGAAGAUCUUUCUUGAGCUUCCGCAACUACGUGGUUCGAAGUAGCAGCAAAGAAACUCCAGAUUUCGAUCCCAAAGCCGGAGUCUCAGUCUAUAAGCCUAAAUCUUACGAAGCUCUUGUCACAGAUGCCGCAAAUUCUCUUGUUUACGCUCUCGAAAAUGGGAAGAACCGUCUAGAGAUUGAUUUUCCUCCUUUGCCUACCAACAUUUCUUCUUACAAGGGAUCUUCAGAUGAGUUCAUUGAUGCCAACAUCCAACUUGCCUUGGCUGUUGUUAGGAAGCUCCAAGAGAGAAAAGGAACCAGGGCGUGCAUUGUUUUUCCUGACAAACCAGAAAAGCGCAGGGCUUCAGAGCUCUUCAAAACAGCUUUUGAUACGAUUAAUGGUAUAACAUUAGGAUCCCUUGAUGAUGUUCCCAGUGGGCCUGUUACAUCAUUCUUCAGGUCUAUAAGAGACACCUUGGAUUUUGAUUUUGAAGAUGAUAAUGAAGGCCGUUGGGAGUCUGAUGAGCCACCAUCACUUUUUGUAUUUAUCAACUGCAGCACACGUGAGCUUUCUAUCAUAGAGAAGUAUGUGGAAAGUUUUGCUAAAUCCACCCCUGUUCUCCUUUUCAAUCUGGAACUUGAUACACUGCGUGCGGACUUGGGACUUUUGGGAUUUCCAUCCAAGGAUUUGCACUAUCGGUUUCUUUCUCAGUUUGUCCCUGUUUUCUAUAUUCGGAUAAGAGAGUACUCGAAGACAGUUGCUGUUGCACCGUAUGUUGUAAACUACAGUGGAGCUCUAUUCCGCCAAUAUCCUGGACCUUGGCAGGUGAUGCUUAAACAAGCAGAUGGUUCCUAUGCUUGCAUAGCAGAAAGUGAAACCCGUUUCACAUUGGGUGAAACAAAGGAAGAACUGCUGAGGGUUCUUGGUCUACAAGAAGAACAGGGAAGUUCAUUGGAAUUUCUCCGAAGGGGCUAUAAGGCUUCAACAUGGUGGGAAGAAGAUGCCGAUUUGGAGUUGUCUUCUGCAUGGCGUAGUUGAGCUCAUCAGCUAAAAACUGAAGAGGAAUAAGAUCUUGGGGUGUAAGGUUAAAGACAAGGGAUCUUGACGUCCAAAAUAUCAGUUGCCAAAUUGGAGCGAGGCCCAAGGUUCUUGGACUUGUUUCCAGACAAGCCAAUUAGCCAGACUCGUGUCUUCCAUGUGUUAAUUCUUUAUUCAUUCAGUAUUUAUAGUAUUAUUAAUUAUUUCUCAGUGUGUAUAUACCUUUUUUAUGCUUUGUAUUCUCGUUUUUCCCUUCCAUUUGAUGAAUUAACUAAUAUGCUUCUAAUGCCAAAGUCCCCCACCCCCGAAGAGUAGCAUGUAAGUUCUAUACCUUGUUUCUUGGUUUUGUAUAUUCUGGGGAAUUCACUAUUUGCAUUCUCAUUA